GCCUGGCAAGGGCACGGGCGGCCAAGCAGGGAAGGUGAGCCCUAUUCACACCUUGGCCAGGCAGUGGUGGCUGGCACUGGUUUGGGAAGGCAGGGCCCCCGGGCACGGGGGCCCUGAGCUGGCAGCCACAGCCUUCCCCUGCACAAGAGCUUCCAGGGGCAUCCCAGGCCAGAGCCUCUGCUGCCCUACCUGUUGGGACCCUCUUCUCAACGCAGGCACCAUGAAGCUGCAGGUGUUCUGGACCGGGCUGGAAUACGCCUGCCGGCUCCUGGGCAUCGCCACUGCUGCAGUGUUGAUCGGCGUGGGCACUGAGACCUUCAUCCAGGGACAGUUCAAAAGCCUGGCUUUCUAUCUGCUGUUCAUAGGAGCUGCCGUCUCCGUGUGCGAAGGGGCCUACUUUGUGGCUCAGCUGCUGGCCAUCUGCUUCCAGUGUCAGCCGGGGUCCCCGGCCUACAGAGCAAGGGAGAAGGCCCACUGGCUGGGCUGCUUCCAGAAGUUCCUGGCCUACGUACUGCUGUCCGUGGCUUGCUUCCUCCACCCUGUCCUGGUCUGGCACGUGACCAUCCCAGGCUCCAUGCUCGUCAUCACUGGCCUGGCCUACUUCCUGCUGAGCAAGAGGAAGAAGAACAAAGCUGCCCCGGAGGUGCUGGCCCCCACGGAGCAGUACACGGACCCCUCCAGCAGCGCCGUGAGCACCACUGGCUCUGGGGACACCGAGCAAACCUAUACCUUCCACGGGGCCCUCAAGGAGGGGCCUGGCUCCCUCUUCAUCCACAUGAAGAGCAUCCUGAAGGGGACCAAGAAGCCCAACGCCCUCCAGCACUCAAACGCCCUGACAGAGCUGACUCUGGAGCCAGCUGACUCGCUGGCCAAGAAGAAGCAGGUGCACUUUGAAGACAGCGUGGUCAGAAUCAUCUCCCCCGAGGGCCUGGACAACGGGGACAGCGAGCCAGAGGAGACCACCUCUGACACCACCCCCAUCAUCCCUCCCCCCCAGGCCCCACUCUUCCUCUCUUCUCUCACGGGCACCGGCCUGUUCUGA